AUGGAGGGGACUGCGGAGUCCCAAUCGCCUGACCUUCGAGACGUGGAGGGCAAGGUGGGCAGGAAGACCCCUGAAGGGCUGCUCCGCGGGCUGCGAGGCGAAUGGGAGCCAGGAACCUCUGGCGCCCUGCUGCUCCCGGGGGCGCCCAACACGGGCCACGGCCUGGGGGACAAGAUCAUGGCGCUGAGGAUGGAGUUGGCUUACCUGCGAGCCAUCGAUGUGAAGAUCCUGCAGCAGCUGGUGACUUUGAAUGAGGGCAUCGAGGCUGUGCGCUGGCUGUUGGAGGAGCGGGGGACAUUGACCAGCCACUGCAGCAGCCUCACCAGCAGCCAAUAUAGUCUGACAGGCGGGAGUCCAGGCCGCUCAAGGCGAGGCAGCUGGGACAGCCUGCCAGACACCAGCUCCACUGACCGGCUGGACAGUGUCUCCAUCGGCAGUUUCCUAGACACGGUGGCCCCCAGCGAGAUGGAUGAACAGGGCCCCCCUGGGGCUCCCCGUCCUGAGAUGGACUGGGCAAAGGUUAUACCCAGUGGGAACAGGGCCAGGACUGAGGUGGACCUGACAGCCACCAGGCUAGGGAACUUGAGGGCUGUAUGGAAGCCCCCAGGGGAGAGGCUCCAAGGUGGACCUCCUGAACCACUAGAGGAUGAAAGUGUUAAGCUUGGCUUUGAGGCUCACUGGUAUUGGGGGCAGUGCCAGGAUGAUGUGACCUUCUUGUAA